CUUGCUAAUACCAAAAAUAAUGGAACCUUCCCACCAAAUUUCUUAUUUGGAGUAGCUACUUCUGCUUAUCAAACCGAAGGUGGUUGGAACGAGGAUGGGAGGGGAGAAAGUAUUUGGGAUGAAUAUAGCCAUCGAGUGCCUUCCCCGAUAAAGAAUAAUGAUACAGGGGAUAUAGCUUGUGAUUCCUACCAUAAAUAUAAAGAAGAUGUUAAACUUGUAGCAGAUCUUGGCGCCGAUUUUUACAGGUUUUCAGUCUCCUGGUCAAGUUUGCCUUAUCUGAUAAAAACUCUUAUUUUAAUUAUUUUUUUGCUUUUAGCUAAGAUGUCAUUAACUAUAGACUGUGAAUGGUAUGAACCUUUAACGAAUUCCAUUGAAGAUAUUUACGCAGCUAGAAGAAAUAUUAAUUUUGAAUGUGGUUUAUAUUCUUAUCCAGUAUACGUUGGUGACUGGCCGCCAGACGUGAAAGAACGAGUCAAGUACAGAAGUCAACUAGAAGGAUAUAACCGAAGUCGACUACCAGAAUUUACUCCAGAAGAAAUCAAUUACAUAAAAGGAACUGCUGAUUUGUACUUGCUGCAUGUUUAUUUUGCGUAUUUAGCUGAAGAUGCUCCCGAAGAACCAAACAAUGUUACUAGCUUCCGGUCUGAUAUUAAAGCAAAACUAACCCAAUUUCCUGGAACUAGCGUCGGAGCUAAUGGAUUUCCUGUAAGUUAA